AACAAUAAUUACAAUGAAACAUGUCAUACAUCUAUAGUAACAUUAAACAACUAGUGGGUGGCAAGGUAUGGAGUGACACAUCAGUGUCCAAUGUAGUGGUUUAUGUGCAAGUAUACCAUCAACACUGACACAAAUACAAGAAAGCAGCUGUGCACUGUAGUGACCACUAUGCGUGAAAGGGUUAAAUAUUAACUGUGCCUAUCUCCCUCCAUAAGUUGGUUCUUGUGCAGUAUGUAACCUGUGACAGGUUGAACUGUUCAUGUGAGGUAAGUCGGUAAGAGCUUAUCUCCAAACCAUAAAGAGCCGAGUAGUUUGGACUUUGUGACUAAGUGAAGUUUGCGAUAUUAAUACUUUUAUUUGUUGUGCCAGUUUUCAUUAAAACUGUUCAUGUGUGUCUGCUUUGAGUCCUUUGAAAAACAAAAUGAAUCCAAGUUAUAGAACAAAGCAGUGUUAAAAGGUGUCUUCUUUCCCUUAAAGUGUGCAUAACGAAUACAGACAGAAUGCUACUACACACAUAACGUCCUUAGAGGAGAAAAGAAAAACUGAUCAGGUCUGUUAAGGAGUUGGGUGGGGAAUUUGGUUUAAACAUUACACAAGAUUUUAGGAAAUACAUGAAUCAUUGUUCUCAACAAAAACCACAAAGACCAACAAGUCUGACUAGAUUGUUUGAUGAAGCCCUGAUAACUUAUAGAAGUGGGCGGAGCUGAACAUAUUAUUUAGAUAAACCUGAAACAGUUUCAGAUAACGAUGGCUCUCCAACAGUUUGUGUGCUGUUUCACUGUGGUGAUCAUUUCCUUAUGCAAAGGUUGUCAUUCAGAGCAGCCCGCAUGUGGCAGCAGGGCUGUGAAGAGCAGCAACAUCACAGGAGGUCAGCAUGCAACACCAGGAAGUUGGCCCUGGUACGCUGAAGUAAACUCUCUUUUUGGAGGGUCUCUAAUCACCGACCAGUGGGUGCUGACAACUGCAUCCAUCACACUAUUUGAUUUCAGUAGCAUAGAGGUGUAUCUGGGCCGCCACAGCAAGUCAGGUUCGAACCCAAAUGAGGUGAAUCGGUCAGUGGUCAACUUCACCUGCCAUCCUGAAUUCAACUCGUCGACUCGUGAGAACGACAUUUGCCUUCUGAAGCUGUCGGCUCCUGUGAAUUUCACAGACUACAUACAGCCGAUCUGCUUAGCCUCAGAAAACAGCACUUUCGACAAUGAGACCAGCAGCUGGGUCAUCGGUUUUGGUGACGAUGGUAACGAUUCACUCGCCAACACCCUGCAGGAGGUAAGAAUGAAAAUAGUGGAAAACUUUAAGUGCAAAUUCAUCUAUGAAGACUACUUUAGGAUCGCCGUUGUGACAGAGAACGAGAUCUGUGCUGGCUUCGAGGCUGGAGGCAUUGAUCCAUGUCAGAUUCCUCAAAGUAGCCACCCUGUGCUUUGUUGACAGCGCUCCAAACCAUUGGCCUUCUUUCAAUAAGCUUCCUGAUGUAGUCACCUGAAAUGGUUUUCACUUCACAGGUGUGCCAUGUCAGAUGAGAUGAGAUGAGAUAGCCUUUAUUUGUCAGUUGCAAGUCUUUUGCCCACAACCGAGAUGACAGACCUUGCC